AUGCGUUUUCAUUUUUUUUGUCUGUUUUUCUGGGUCUUUGCGGUCUUUGCCAAACAACCUGAUAGUAAUUCAUCCUUCUGCUUCAACAAAUUCAAAGUCAAAACAAGCGGAUAUAGGAAAAACGCCAAACUAGCCCAGUGGGCAUAUACAUAUGAGAAAAGUCGGCCAAACCAGGUCAUUCAAGUUAGAGCUGCUAAUAUCAAUGACGUAAACUAUGAGGCUGAUCACGUUUUUGAAGCACAAAUUGUCAUAAGUUACUUUCGAAGCUCGCGUCCUGAUGUACAAGCUAGAAUGUGCAGCACAAUUGAGGAGUACAACCUAUGGUCUGGAUUACAGGAUAUCAUGAAUUCCAGAAUCAAUAUGCGAUUUCUUGAUAAGAAUAUUAACAAAGCAAAGGGGAUAAUCUUCGGGGGAAAAAAAGGGACAAAUAAAAAUUUCCGUCUUGCCGCAGUAGACUAUCUCAAAUACGAUGAUGUCCGUAACGCAUUUGCUCAAACCCGUGCGUUGCUUAAAGACAAUGUUGCUAGAAGCAUGAAUACCAAAGCUGCUAUUGCAAAACCAAAUCCUGGUCCAAACUUUUUAUUGCUUAACAGUCCACCGAGUAAAUUUCUGCACUUUGGUUAUCGUUAA